AUGUCAAGCGAUUCUCACAACUCUCCCGAUAAUGCCGGCGGCCGUUCACUUCCUGCUGACGGGACAUCCCCUACCCCUCCUGCCAAUACGGGUGAUAUGCCAGGUUCGGCAGCAGGAACAGUCACCACUUCUUCUGCGGUUACCUCCACCGGGACUGUCGCAGCGAGUGACCCCUUGAGUCCUGAAAAUCUAGAAGUCAUAGAUGGAUUUGGUCACGUCCGCCCACGACGACAACAGCCACAAACACAACCUCAAUUAAGCUCAGGUACUGGUACAUCCGUCACUGCCGCAGAAGCAGCCAUUAUGCAAGCAGCAGUCAACAUCCCCGUCAACGACUCUAACACAAACCUGUAUAGAAUGCCUGGUACAAACAUCACAGCUGAUGCUCGUCGACAUGAUCCAGCCCCAUUUCAGACGGUGGAUCCGGCAUGGUUGAAUGAGCCCUGGUUGCCGAGUUGGGAUACCCAUGACACUCAAGCCGGUGAGUUGGGGGUCGCCGAUCGUUUGGAAGAUGAGCAGCAAGGAUGGGUGAUGCUAGGGAGCCAACUGUCUACCGGUGGGGGUAAUGGACUUGGGCCUGGUUUCGGUUCUGGUGCUGCUGCUGGUGCUGAUGCUCCUCAUCCUUCUUCCACUGACUUCGGUGGUCAACAAGGGGUUGGCCUGGUAGGUGCUGCACCUAGACAAACUGAACAGCCUAUCACUCUUGCCCCAAUCGAAGGUGGUGAAGGACAAGCACAGCGUACACCAGUUCAUGUUUCAGGAUUCGGUGCUGGUGCUAGCAUGCAACCACCUGCUGGUCCCCUUGGCGGCGGCAGUGGCCCGCCAGCGCCCUCCAUCAACCUAGUUUCGAGAGACGGUGCUGAUGAACAAAACCCAAGAGUCGGCUUGAUUUGGGAUUUUGAAGCUGGAGCUGCCACUAAUCAUCCUCAAGUUGUCACCAAUCCUCCUCCUAGAGUCCAUCGUUCUCCUGCUGCCGAUCACCCUCGCCCUGGCGGUCGCGGCCGUGGUCGUGGUCGCGGUCGAGAUCGUGGUACCAAUAUCAAUCCUCCUUCUGUCCUCACCGAACCUGUCCAUGGUGCUCACGGUCCUGGUGGUACCAGCCUACUUCCUCCCGGUCCUACGUUUCCUACUGGCAGUGGACCCUCUUUGGGCGCUACUACUGGCCUGCCACCUGGUCGACCUCAUUCCCGAUCUCAAAUCCCAAUUACCAGAUUCAGCACCGACGAUGAGAUUCGGGAUCGUCUUCAACAGCUCCCAGACCUCAUCAAUGAACAACAGCGCUUGCAAGUCGAAGCCUUGAAUGGGUAUGUCGCCGCCCUUCCAGAAUUUCGAAAUCAGCCACCAGAGGUUCGUUCACGCCGCGUACAAGAUCUAUGGAUGAACCAGACGCAGUUCUUUGAGCGAAUUUUCAUUCGAGAUCAAAAUGUCGACAAUGCACUCUUAAAUGCCGCGUUUGUGCGACAUGGCCGGCCUGCACAUCCCUUGUCGAGGCAGCGAGUGUUGCUGGAAGUUGUAAUGAGAGCUGCAAAUGGUCAGCCGCAAGACGGAUUGAGUCCCGGCGAAGAGUUGAGAUCGAGGAGAGUCAUCUUGGAGGCACAAUUGUUGACUAUGCGCGCUUGGACUCAUGCUUGGAGCCAGCGACUGCCGCUAGGACAUCCAGCACGCAUUGAUACGAAUAUACCAUUCAACGAUGGAAUAGCACGUUCACAACCCCGUGUGGCACAAACUCAGGCGGUAGCAGCUGCAAAUAAUGUUUCGGUUGAAGAGAUAGAGAGAAUCACUGCCUUCAGCGACUUCAUGGAGUCUCGUUGA